CCCCGCCCUAUUCUCCCGCUUUCCAUCACCUCGCCCCCUUCUCCCGCUUUCCAUCACCCUGGCCCAAUCUCCCUCCUUCCAUCACCCCACCCCAUUCUCCCUCCUUGCAUCACCCCGCCCCAUUCUCCCGCUUUCCAUCACCCAGCCCCAUUCUCCCGCUUUCCAUCACCCCGCCCCAUUUUUCCGCUUUCCGUCACCCCGCCCCAUUCUCCCGCUAUCCAUCACACCGCCCCAUUCCCCCACUUUCCAUCACCCCGCCCCAUUCUCCCGCUUUCCAUCACCCCGCCCCAUUCUCCCGCUUUCCAUCACCCCCGCCCCAUUCUCCCCCUUUCCAUCACCCCGCCCCAUUCUCCCGCUUUCCAUCACCCCUCCCCAUUCUCCUACUUUCCAUCACCCCGCCCCAUUCUCCCUCCUUCCAUGACCCCGCCCCAUUCUCCCUCCUUCCACUACCCCGCCCCAUUCUCCCGCUUUCCCUCACCCCGCCCCAUUCUCCCGCUGUCCAUCACCCCGUCCCAUUCUCCCGCUUUCCAUCACCACGCCCCUUUCUCUAGCUUUCCAUCACCCCGUCCCAUUCUCCCUCUUUCCAUCACCCCGCCCCAUUCUCCCGCUUUCCAUCACCCCGCCCAAUUCUCCCGCUUUCCAUCACCCCGUCCCAUUCUCCCGCUUUCCAUCACCCCGCCCUAUUCUCCCGCUUUCCAUCACCCCGCCCCAUUCUCCCGCUUUCCAUCACCCCGCCCCAUUCUCCCGCUUUCCAUCACCCCGUCCCAUUCUCCCGCUUUCCAUCACCCCUCCCCAUUCUCCCUCCUUCCAUCACCCCGCCCCAUUCUCCUGCUUUCCAUCACACCGCCCUAUUCCCACGCUUUCCAUCACCCCGCCCCAUUCUCCUGCUUUCCAUCACCCCGCCCAAUUCUCCCUCCUUCCAUCACCCCGCCCCAUUCUCCCUCCUUCCAUAACCCCGCCCCAUUCUCCCGCUUUCCAUCACCCCGCCCCAUUCUCCCGCUUUCCAUCACCCCGCCCCAUUCUCCCGCUUUCUCUCAUCCCGCCCCACUUUCCAUCACCCCGUCCCAUUCUCCCUCUUUCCAUCACCCCGCCCCAUUCUCCCGCUUUCCAUCACCCCGCCCAAUUCUCCCGCUUUCCAUCACCCCGUCCCAUUCUCCCGCUUUCCAUCACCCCGCCCCAUUCUCCCGCUUUCCAUCACCCCGCCCCGUUUUCCCUCUUUCCAUCACCCCGCCCCAUUCUCCCGCUUUCCAUCACCCCGCCCCAUUCUCCCGCUUUCCAUCACCCCGUCCCGUUCUCCCGCUUUCCAUCACCCCUCCCCAUUCUCCCUCCUUCCAUCACCCCGCCCCAUUCUCCUGCUUUCCAUCACACCGCCCUAUUCCCACGCUUUCCAUCACCCCGCCCCAUUCUCCUGCUUUCCAUCACCCCGCCCAAUUCUCCCUCCUUCCAUCACCCCGCCCCAUUCUCCCUCCUUCCAUAACCCCGCCCCAUUCUCCCGCUUUCCAUCACCCCGCCCCAUUCUCCCGCUUUCCAUCACCCCGCCCCAUUCUCCCGCUUUCCCUCAUCCCGCCCCAGUCUCCCGCAUUUCAUAGCCCCGCCCUAUUCUCCCGCUUUCCAUCACCUCGCCCCCUUCUCCCGCUUUCCAUCACCCUGGCCCAAUCUCCCUCCUUCCAUCACCCCACCCCAUUCUCCCUCCUUGCAUCACCCCGCCCCAUUCUCCCGCUUUCCAUCACCCCGCCCCAUUCUCCCGCUUUCCAUCACCCCGCCCCAUUCUCCCGCUUUCCAUCACCCCGCCCCAUUCUCCCACUUUCCAUCACUCCGCCCCAUUUUCCUGCUUUCCAUCACCCCGCCCCAUUCUCCAGCUUUCCAUCACCCCGCCCCAUUCUCCCGCUUUCCAUCACCCCGCCCCGUUCUCCCGCUUUCUGUUGA